ACUUAAUAUUCAAUAAUUUAUUUACUAGUGUUGAAAUUAGGCUAUUGUCGAGAAAGAAUGAAGAAAUCGUUGGAAAAAGUAUCUUCAGACAGAUCGUCUUCAGAACCGGGAAAUCUAUUUUCCUUCAAACGUUAUUUUAUUAAUAAUUUGGACUCAUAUCAUGGCGAAUACGUCUUAAAGGAAUUUUCUAAAAUGUUAGACAAAAAUUUGGUUGCAUCUUCAAGAGAGUCAUCUCUGACGGCCGUGGGAGAGGAUGCCGAGCCCCUGUUACGACCACCACCCGAACAACCAUAUGAAAUUAUUGGUACUGUUAGUGACAUAAAAAUGAAAAGUUUAGACAAUGUUACCAGAAUAAUUUCAAAAGCUGAAUGUUUACCUCAGAUGCUUACUUGUGGUACUGUUAUUUUGGAUAUAAGCAGCGAUAGAACCGAACUUAAUAUUGUUUUAGACUAUUUGCAAAUUCUGAAGGAUUUAUUAGAAAAACAGACACUGCUAAACACAACAUCAUCGGUUGUGGAAGACGGAGGAGGAGAGUCGAAAAAACGAUAUUUAAUAUUAAUUUCAACUGUUAUGACAUGGGCUGCUACAAAACCGUUGGACCCGGACACUCCAGACAUGCCAUUCAUCGAGUCGGAUUUCCGUAAAAGGAAGCCCCAUUCUAAUUACAAAAUGCAUUAUGAUAUUGAAAAUGAAAUAAUAGCUAUCGCGAGAAAGUAUAAAACACAAAUUGGUGCUUUGGUCGUGAACGCUGGUGUAACAUACGGUGGACGCGAAGAUGUUCUCUUCUACUGGUUCCAGAAGGCCUGGGAAUGUGAAAGGAUUUUACCAUUACUUGGUCACGGUGGAAAUGCAGUGCCGUUGAUUAAUGUGCUCGACUUAGCACAAAUAAUAUACAAUUUGGUGACAGACUUCCCGAAAAAGCUUUAUAUUUUAGCAGUAGAACAAAAUGUCACAAAACAAAGAGAGAUAAUAAAACCACUUGGCCGAACUGUGGGAUCGGGAAUGUUUAAGUGUAUACCCCCAGAAGACGCUUUUUUGAUUCCGGAAAUUAACCAAAGGAUUUUCGAUUUGAUGACGCUAAAUUUAAAUAUGGAACCUACCUUUAUUGUGGAGACAAUGGGACUUCAGUGGAGUUCAGAAUUAUCCUUUGCCGAGAACGUACCUGUGCUUAUGAAGCAAUUUAAAAAAGAGAGAGGACUGAAAUCGUUCAAAGUUAUAGUUUAUGGUCCGCCAAUCGUAGGAAAGACGACAUUGUCUAAACUGAUAUGUGAGGCAUAUGGAUUAGUGUAUAUUUCACCAGAAACAGUAGCUCAAGAUAUUUUAGAUGAUCUUGCUUGGCGAGUAAAUCACUGGGAGGUUGGCGAGAUGACAACUGUUGGAAUGGCCGUUGGCGAUGAAAAGGCCCCUGCGUUGGCAGAUAAUGGUGACGAUAUUGGUGAUGAGGAAGGUGUGCAGGAAACUGCAAAACAGGCAUUAGCCAUUUUGCGGUCUGGCCGAAUACUAAGUGAUGAUGAUGUCAUGGGAUAUAUACGCCAGAGACUUCUGAGUCGUGAAGCUUUGAACAGAGGUUGGGUUCUUGAUGCAUUUCCUACAUCUAUGGCUCAAUGUAUAACACUUUUCGAUAAAGCCGAUGAACAAGAUUCUGAUAUUGGGGUUGAAAAGGAAGAAGAGGAAUUUGAUGAAGACAUCGAUUUGUUUAGCAAUGUUUUGAAAAAGUUACUUCCAGACAUUGUGGUAUCUUUAGAAGCAACGGACGAUUUUAUAUGUGAGAAAGCGAUGCGUCAGCCAGAAGGCGACUCGCGCUUAGACGAAGAAGCCGUACUGAAACGACUAAGCGAGUUCAGGGCCGGGGACACUAGAGACGUAUCGCCUCUUAAUUUUUUCGAUGAACUGGAUAUACAUCCUCUUGUCGUGCCUGUUAAGGAGCAUGCCGACUACUCUAUGAAAGUAUCAUACGCAGCGGUUACUCUACGAAUGGGGAGGCCUUGUCGGUACGGCAAACUUAUUGCUCUUAUAGAAGCAGCUGAAAAGAAAGAAAAGGAAGAACUUGAGACGUUGCGCGCUAAAGAAGCCAAAGCGUUAAAAGAUCUGGAGAAAAAACUAAAGGAGGAACGUGAAGAGAAAAUGGAGUAUUGGUCUGAAUUAUAUGCAUUGAUGCGCGAGGAGGAGGAAGCUGCCCUAGCUGCGGCAGGAGAGCCUAUGCGUAAUUACUUAGUACAUCAUAUAUUCCCCACCCUAACACCAGCUCUUCUCGAAGUGGCUAAAUUGAGACCUGAAGAUCCCAUUGACUUUCUUGCUGAAUAUUUAUUCAAAUUGAAUCCAAGUGGGAAAAUGCUUGAACCAGGUUACAAUUUACAAGCUGAAAAGUUGUUGGGGAAGAUUAAAGUACUAGACGAUGCACUUAAAGAUUUAGACAUUAAAAUGGAUCCGCUUUUGCCACCCGAAGCUGACGUUGAUGAAACCUACAUAUCAAAAAAGAAUAUAAACAAAAUGAAUGCCCUUUAAAUAAAAAUAAAUAUGUAUAUCGUACCGACACAGGGCACUUUUUACAAUUUCAAUAUUGCAUUUAUACUUACUUAUUUUAAAUAUUUAAUUUACGAACCAAUACGAAUAGUUGAAUAUUACCUUUGGAAAUAAUUAUAGCAAUGCCAUGUUUUGUUAGAUUAUUAAUUGUAGUAUAAUGGCAUGUUAGUACAUUGAUGUUAUCUGUAUUAGAUCGAUGACACAUACCGUGCUGUGUAUUUUCUAUAUCUACCAUUAUACAGUUGUGUGUUGUGUAAUGUUUGUGGUUUAUAUGCCACAUGUUUCAAUAUUGAGAAUGGAGAGUAAUGUACGUAGAUAUAUGAUGAUAUAAAAUACCUCAUCAUGUUGCUAUUAAUAAAAAUA